GCAGUUGGGCGCGACACGUGGCAGAAGAUAGAGCCCUCGUCCUCACGUCAAACCACCCAGUUUGAUUUGAGCCUUCGCGCGCUUAGCAUCUCGCAGUGUCAGAGGUUUUUUUUAGGAACUAAGAUAGAGACGAUCCACCAAAAAAAAAGAACAUUAAAUACAGCAUCAUUAGUGUCCAAUUCUUGUCACUUUCGUUCUCCAUGGGUCUCUUUAGAAUUUUUCAAGCAAAAGAACAGUGUGGUUUUGAGUGAUGCUUAUGUGCAAACAUUAACACAUGAAUUCAUUUUCUUUCAAUAACAUCCAUCUCGCACUCCUAUUAAUAACAACGAAUUAUUUUUGGUGUCGUGCAGAGAAAGAGAGAGAAAGAGAGUUCGGAUGAUAGAAAACAAUCCCAUUCUGUGUUGUUUCAGUGUUAACCAACAUAGAUUUACAUAGUGACUGUCCAAAAAUCAUUUUUGUGGUGAUUUACGAAUCGGGAUUUAGGUAUAGGUGUUAGAUUAAUACCUGAUUAUCCAGUGUUAGUGGUAUAAGUGAUAUAAGAUAGCUAAAGAGUGAUUGAAUUGAGCUAUAUAAAACAGUGAGAGAGGAUAUUUGGAAGGUUUUCUGUAUGAAAUUACCGAGUUAAUUUAUCUUGAAAUUUCUCUUGGAUACACACGUCGAAAUUGUAAUCAAGCGUAAGACAUAAUGAGGUGAUAAAAGUUGUCAAGUGGCAGCACGAAGACGAUAGGACAUCUAGCACUGAAUUUUUCGCGUGAAAAUUUGUGGCGCAGGAAAUGAUAUUGGAUGAGAGUUUAAUGGGUAUUUAGGUGUGGUGUUAGAGAAAGAAAUCUCGAAAGAAGGAUAGAUUUUUCUUAAUCUUUGGGGCUGAUUCAUAAAAAUUCAACACUCACUGAAGAGGAACAAAUGGCAAUGAGAGUGUCACCUGUGCAGUGUCGUCAAAGUCUCUAGCAGCCAUGUACUGGCCAGCAUCGGCCCCAGUGAGGGCCCUCAUCUUGGCCCAUCUCUUUACAAUUGUAGCACCUGCUGGAGAAGCUGACUACACUCUGGAUGAUUCCUUCUGGAAUGAGGAAAGUCCUGUUGGCGAGGUGGAACGACUCCUGAAAGAGUAUCGCCAAAAUCAGGAGCUAGUAGGACGCAUCGGCAGUCACUACUACCAAAUAAUCUAUCCGGUGCAGUUGCGCCAUCACGAGAAGAUGGGCAUCUCGACGCGAGAAGUGGGCGCCUCAAAGGUACGAAAUCGUUUACGAAAACGUGAUUCUGUAAAUACGUUCCCGCAGCGAGGUGGCACCGGAAGUGGAAGUGGCGGUGGUGGCUACGAUGGCACAUACCAAGGGGGUGGUCGUGGACGAUCGAGGACUGGCAAACAUUUCCAUCGGACAUCGCUGUUGAUUAAAGCAUUCAAUCACAAAUUCCGUCUGGAUUUAGAACUAAACACGCAACUUUUGGCACCAAACAUGAUGCAGAAACACUACCUACCAACAGGAUACCCCCAGGACUCUCAUAGGGAAAUUGAGCACUGCUACUAUCAUGGAACUGUAAAGGAUUAUCCAGGUGCCAGUGCGGCCUUUCACACCUGCAACGGUGUCUCCGGAGUCAUUCAUGUUGGCAACGAAACAUUUGUUAUUCAUCCUUUCUACGGUGGUGAUCUAUCGCAGAAACACCCGCAUAUAAUUUUCGAGGCUCGCACCAAGGCAAACAAAGGCUGUGCCAAUUCGGGUAUUCUUGAGUGGCGGAUGCCACGUCCCCGAAAACCAUCUCAUGGAUCUGGUCUGGUGGAGACAGCAGACCCAAAUGGGGCGGGUAGAUACCGUCGGGAUGUCCGGGAAGCUACAAAAUACAUUGAGACGGCACUCAUUAUCGACAAGGCGAUGUUCGAGAAGAGAAAUGGAAGUACAAGGGCCGAGGUAGUUCACGAUGCCAUUCAAGUUGCCAACAUUGCAGAUUUGUACUUUCGCACACUCAAUACCAGGGUCUCAGUUGUGUACAUAGAAACAUGGCAGCAGUCGAAUAAGGCGCAAAUCGAUGGGGGAAAGGACAUAAGUAAGGCGAUUUCCAAUUUUAACGAUUACACAUCUAGGAAUUUAUUUAAAAUUGACAAGGAUACAACGCAACUUUUGACGGGUGAGACGUUUGCGGGUGGCGAAGCUGGAAUGUCAGUUCCUGAAACGGUAUGUACACCAAAGGCUGUGGGAAUCAGUGUGGACAUCAACGUGUACGAACCUCAUCUGCUGGCGGGCACAAUGGCCCAUAUGAUCGGCCACAACAUCGGCAUGGGCCAUGAUGAUGGACGCGAAGAGUGUUACUGCCGGGACUGGCAUGGAUGCAUAAUGGCGCAGUCAAUUGUGGGCUCAGACAAUGUCCAACCGUACAAAUUCAGUGAAUGCAGCCGCUCCGACUACAUCGAUGCACUGCGGAUUGGUCAUGGCCUUUGUUUGCUCAACAAACCCAAUGAGCUCGAGGUGAGACGAAACUGCGGCAAUACGAUUGUUGAGGAGGGCGAGGAGUGUGACUGCGGUUCUUUCGAGGAAUGCGACGAAAAGGACCCCUGCUGUGAUCCAAUAACCUGUAAGCUCAAGAAGGAAGCAGAAUGUGCGAGUGGACCUUGCUGUGAAAAUUGCCAGCUACGAAAACAGGGACAAAUCUGUCGAGACUCUACGAAUGAGUGCGACUUGCCAGAAUUCUGCACAGGGGACAGUGGACAGUGUCCUCAGGAUGUGUUCAUAAAAAACGGCAAUCCAUGUGGUUCCUCAACUCAUCCCGUAUCGGGGCCAACAGGAUACUGCUUCAACGGACAGUGUCCAACAAUGGCAUUUCAGUGUGAAAGGAUCUGGGGAUAUGGUGGAACGGCUGCCGAUCGUCAGUGCUAUGAGCAAUUCAAUAGGAAGGGCUCAAUGAAUGGUCACUGUGGUAUCGAUAACAACGGCGAAUUUAAGAAGUGCGAACCGGAAAAUAUUCUUUGCGGUUCGCUUCAGUGCAAAGAAGGCGAGAGGCAGCCUGUUAUCUUCGGUACUGACGAUCUAUACUCCACAACAAUAAUUUCCAUCAAAGGUGUUGAAUAUGAGUGCAAGGGAACUAGUGGUACGCUUAUGUCUUCCGAUUUACCACCACAUGGACUUGUGAGGGAUGGAACACCCUGUGGAGACAAUUUGAUCUGCGUGAAUCAAACAUGUGUCAGUAUCUUCCCUCAUAUUGAUCAAACCAAGUGUCCCUCGAAUCAGAACAAUCACGAAUGUUCCGGACAUGGGGUUUGUACAAAUACCAAUAAGUGCUUUUGUGAUUUCGGUUGGGGUGGGCCCGACUGUUCAAUACCGAUUCCAUUGACGACUCUAGCACCCACCUCAGUGCCACCACCCUCCAACAGUACACUCAAAAUGGAGCGGAAAAUUGUGACUUACGAAAACUACCAUGGUUCCAAUACUGUGUUUUUAGUCGGUAUACUUAUGUCAAUAGUUGGGUUCGUUUUUGUUACAUUCACCCUCAUGGCAUUGUGCUACAGGUCAGUUGUAGUACACGAAAACUUCUCCUUGUGUCUGAGAAGGAAGACCACCCGACUCAAGUAUGACCCCCCUUAUGUUAAAAAGCCUAUUGCUAAGACUUAUGGAGGCGCAGCCACUGCCAAUCAUCAUUCUGUAGAGGAAGUUUCGUUGGAUGGAUCUAAUAAGCUAAUAACAUAUGGGAAUCAGGCAACAUUUAGGGAGCACAAGAUGCAAUUAAGACGAGCUACAGGGUCAGGUGGCGAGGAGGAUGCCGCACAUUCGGAAAAGAGUGGCAUCCUCAAGAAGCAUCCGUAUGGCUUCAUAAUCGCAGACGGUGGAGCUGGAGCCAAGGACAAGUGGGUGGAAGAUGGUCAAUCGGACAAUAUGGAAUUAAUGGCGACCCAGUCAGAGGGUGGGAUGCCUUCGCAAGCCGGUGGAGCACCACAAGGUGGUGUAGCCGCAUCCGAAGUCGAACGUACCCUGAAAAGCCUCAAUGGCUACCAUGAGGAUAUCCUCGAGGCACUACGGAAUGCCGCCUCGCAUCGAGGCACCGGUGCCGGCAACACACCCUCAGGCAGCGGCAGCAUCAGUGAGGAAUUGCUGCGGAAGACACUUCAGGAAUGCAAUACAGCCACUCUCGGCUAUGGCGAGUACAAGCGUGGCAGUGGAUCAAAGGCCUCCUCCAAGGAGAACAUUUGCGAUGGUGUGCAGCCCCACUCGGUCCUCGUGGAGCCCAGUCAAUCGGGCACAAUGCUGCACCACCACCGAGGGCCACUGCCUCCAGAGAUGGAGGAUGACGGGGGACCGUCUGUGGGACCGCUGCGUAUUCGAAAUCUCGAGGAUUUGAUCCGACAGCUGGAGCACCACUCAUCGCGCCACAUGAGUCCCAGUGGCUCAGAAGACAUUCGAAUGUCAGAAACAGAAGCCGAUCGGCACUAUCGUCUGGACAGCUCAGCUGCCUGCAGUGAAUCAUCUCAAGGAUCCACCCAGCAACUGGCCCAGCAACAGAAAACAGCCACCAUUCUGUCUUCGUUCAGCAGCCGGUGUCGCCCACGGUCGGAUGAUGAGAGCCGUUUUGUAUAUGGCCGAUAUCGACAUCCACCCCAACCCAAUAGACAUCCUGCCCAUCAGGCCCAUUCGCCUCAUUCAUUUACGCAUCAUACGCAUCAUGGUCACGCACAUGGGCACGCGUCACAUGGAGCCCACUCCUCUCACCAUUCCUCCCAUACACAUCUGCAUCAGGACGAGGAGGGUAUCUACGAGUCGGCGGACAGGAACGUUGUAGACAACCGCGUCGAUCGUGACACUCCCGAUAGUGAGAGUGAUGACUUUAUUCAAGCUCAACAACAGUUAGCCCGGUGGGCGAGUGAGGAUGUCGUUUCCGUGGUGGUAUUGGACCCCGGUACGGAUUCAACCGGCAUCGGGCCAUCCUCAACGGCUACCAUCCACGGCGAGCAACCAUCACUGGGGACGAGUGGGCUCAGCAUCGGCGCGAGGGACUACUACCCAUCACCCCCGUCCACGGAGACAGAGAGCAGUGGCAGUGUCAUCCAGCCUACGCAGAGACUCUCUCAGACUGCGGCCCAGCAACGAGUCGGACACUUAAUCGACGGCCAAGGCGACAUCAACGGCCAACCAAUGGAGAAUACAGGACGAUAUCCCGAGUAUAAGCACUGAUAAUGACUAAGGGGGCCGCACAUCCCCUCCAUGUGAUUUUCGAUGUGUGUAUAAACUGGUAGUUAUUUGUUAAGGUAUUUUUUAGGCAUAACAUUUAAAAAGAAAGAAAAAACAGAAUACUAAGAAAAAAGCUAUGGCCAAGUGACGAUCACGCAAAACAUGGUUCUAAAAAAGAAAUGAUCAUUACAUAGGAUAGCAUUACGUGAAACCACAUCAUUACAGAAAUUACAUAAACUCACACACACAUAUUUAUGAAUGUCGAAAAAAAUUUAAAUCUAGGAUGGGAUUAUGAGACUUCGAGGCGAUAGUAAAAUAACAUAAGUUUAAUUCAUGCUACAUUUAUUUUUGGUAGAAGAAAACCAGCUCGUAGUUUGAACAUAUCACAGAAAGAUGGUUUUCGUUAAGUUCUAACUCUGGCCACCUGAAGAUAUCUCGGUUAUUUAUUCAAGUGUUAAAGUAACUUACUGUUGUAAAAAGACUAUUAAAAGACUUUACUCGUAAGAGCAAGGAAUUCCAUUACUUUAAAGUUAAGCGAAAUUACAAAUAAUUCAUUCUAAAUCGAAAAAUUACAUUCCCCAUAUUCUAAAAUAAUCUUAUAACAACCUUUGAAAAAAACUAAUUUCCACAAAAAUAUCGCCAAAUGAGUUUCACAUCCCAACUUUUAAAAGGAAUUGUUUUGUGAAGGUUUGAAAAAGUUUAA